GGGCUUUGCCUGUGAAGAGCACAUCCAGUCAAGAUGCUGCCAAGGCUUUGGGUCGUGACAAUCGGUCUUCUGUUCUUUGCCUCGUGCAACCUGUGCACAAACCCGGGACUGAGAACAAGAGUUACACAAAAAGCCUUGAACUAUGCUCAGUCGAUUGGGAUGGCUGUGUUACAAAAGAAGAUGCAGAAGGCGAAGAUUCCAGAUAUAUCGGGUAAAAAGCGUGUGAAGUUUAUUGGUCGCAUCCGUUUCAGCUUCACAGGCUUUCAGAUUACACAGUUUGGCUUGCCUCAGUCCUCUGUGAAAUUCAUUGCUGGGAAAGGCAUCCAGUUUUCUGUUGCUAAUGGCUACAUUACUGUGAGGGGCAAUUUUAGAGUAAAGAAGCGCCAUUUCUUUAGGACGAGUGGAUCAUUUGUGGUAACUGCGGGAAGGCUGUCGAUAUCACAGACUAUAGGACUGACCCGAGACAAUACAGGUCGUCCUGCAAUCCACAGCGUUGCCUGUUCUGCCAACGUUGGUACAGUUCGUGUCCGGUUCACCAGAAGGAAAAGAUGGUUGUACAAUCUAUUCCGCAAAUUCAUAGAGAAACCCAUCAAGCGUGCUCUUAACAAGGAGAUUUGUCCUCAAGUCUCUAGUGCCAUCAAGGAUCUGGAAAAUGAUCUAAAGAGCAUGAAAAUAUCUUUCCGCCUUAAUGACUUCGCUGAGGUUGACUAUUCUCUGGUUAAUCAAAUUAAAUUCACAUCCGAUGCCAUGGACCUGGAUUUUAAGGGUGAAGUUUACAGAGUGGGACAUCACGAAGAGCCUCCCUUCCAGCCACCUCCAGUCAGCCUCCCCAGUCAAAGCAAUCACAUGCUGUACUUGGGAAUAUCCGAUUUCCUGGCUAAUUCAGCAGCAUUUGUGUUUCAGAAAGCAGGAGCUUUGCAAAUGAAGGUUACAGAUCAUAUGGUCCCGAAAGAGUCACCAUUCAGAUUAAACACAAAGUCCUUCGGUUUAAUCAUGCCUCGGCUGCAAAAGCUCUAUCCUAACAUGAACAUGGUAAUGAACCUCAAAGCUACUAAGCCACCAGUUCUGAGGGCUGCAAAUAACAGCAUCACCAUUCAGGCAUUUGGUGCCCUUGACGUAUUAGUGAUCCUCCCAAACUCAUCGCUCGUAGCACUUUUUGUCCUGAACAUUGAUGCAAGUGUCUCCGCGAAGGUCGGUAUCUCAGGGAUGAAACUGAUUGGAUCUGUAAUGCUGAAUCAUCUGGAAUUGUCUCUUAAUCGUUCUAGUGUGGGCCCUGUUCCGGUGGCUGGCCUGCAACUGUUAAUCAAGAUUGUAAUAAGAGCAGUGGUGUUACCUAAAGUCAAUGAUAAACUAGUCGGUGGAGUUCCACUUCCAACUGUGAAACACAUUGACUUUUUAAACCCAGUGCUAAAGGUGAACCAGAACAUUCUGGUGAUUGCAACCGAUAUCCGUUACCGCCCGGGAACCAGCAGCCGCUCCCAGCCAAAGCUUUGUGAGGGAAAAGAAAACCAGACAUCUGAUUAUUUUGAUUAACUGGCCACUUACUAAGCAGAGAUUUUACAUAAGGCCACCACAUUUUCUCUGUCAGAUUUCUAGCUUGAUGGUUUUCAGUCACAAACAAAAGCUGUGGUUAAGCUCCAUCUUCAGGUUCUUUCUCUUUGUAUGAACUUUUGUGUAAGACUUUCAUGAAGCAUUAGGAAAUGACUGCUGAAGUCUUCCUGUGUGUAUGGUUGAAAGAACAUAAAACAAAAAUAACUAACUCUAGGAGAACCAAACCUUUGCUCGUAACAAGCGUUAGCAACUGUCAAGUUUUCACUGCUUUUGACCUCAUUUUAUUGAGAAGGGGUUUAAAAUAAACUUUUGGUUAAUUUUCUUUAACAUUUGCAUGAGCACCUGAGAGAAGUGCAAGUUCUUCAGUAUAUCUGUGAUUGGAUAUUUGAUAUACCGAGCUGUUUAUUAAACAAAGGCUACAAACUUCCUGUUGACGGUGCAUUUACUUUCUUGCUGAGCUGUAUACAAAUAAAGAUAU